CUGCUUGAUUCGGCUGCUGCCACUGCCACUGCUACGUUGCUACACGGCAUGCUGCUGCUGGACCAGUUGGAAAAUCGCAUAGUCAGUUUGUUUUGAAAUUUGCCGCGAGACGUUUGGUAAGCGCGGACAAAAAGCAAUUAAAGUGGCCAAGGCAAAUAUUCCAUCAUAUUAAUAAUAAAGAAUUGCCAAAUAAUUCCAAUUGAUUGAUCAUCGUCGCGAGUUGUGCAUAGUUGUUUAAAAGCCAAAACGUUUAAAAGCAUUGUUGUUGUUAUUAAAAAUAAAAUAUUAAAAUUAUAAAUAUACAAAUAUUUACAUAUAUAAGCAACAAUUGUAUGUACAGUGUUACGAAAAGGAAAAAUAAAUAUAAUUGUGAUUUUGUGUAUUUAUUCAUGUGCACCAGUAAUAGCAAUUGAGCCACAAAUCGGGUUUCAGUUGAAACAAACAUAAAAACAUACAUACAUAUAUAUGUGUGUGUGCAGAAUCGCCGAAAUUUCAAUUGUGUAAGCUGCUAAGUUCGAUAAAGAAACAAAAACAAAGAAAAUUUUCAAGUGGACAAUCAACAACAUAAAUUGAAAAUAACGUUGUUGCUGAUCCAAAUUCGAAGAAUGAAAGAAAAACGUGGAGUAAAAAGAUUAAUCCUAUGAAAUCAGUGAAAGCAUCCAACAAGCAGACACUUCACGGCAGACAAUGAAAAAAAAAAGUUACAAAAAAAAAAACAAUUUAAUUUUUGUGUAAGUGAAUAACAAAAGAACAAGUGCAAGGCAGCAGAAAUUUGUCAGCAAAUAGAUGUAACAGUGUGCUUGUUUACAUUUUGUAAAAUAAAAUUUCUUGUAUUGUUGUAUUAUAAUAUAACUUAAUAAAUGUGUUUUAAAACAAAAUUACAAAAUGUUGUGAAAAUAAGUUAAAUAAUAAUACAUAAAUGCUACAAAGUAGUUUUUUAAAGAUCGAAGCAAAACUUUGAAAUUAUUAAAAAUACACAGUGAAUCUAACAUACCAAUAACCAGUACCAACAAACCACAGUACAGUAGUCACCGCAAAAAAAAAAAAACAAACAAACAACACAAUACAGUAAGCAGAUUUGCGAAAAUACAAAAAGUAUUUCAGCACCUGAAUAUUAGAUUUAAAAGAAAUGAAAUAAAAGCAAAAGUGUUACAACAAUUGAAUUGUAAUAAUAGAAGAAUAGCAACAGUCACGCAUAACAAAAUGCUACAAAACGCUCAACAAUAACAAUAACAAUUACACUUAGAAAAAAAUAUACGCACAGUCAUUGAGUAUACAGUCGUCUGCAUCAACAGACGCGCAUUACAAACAAGCAAACAAAAAAUAGAAAAAAAAAUAAAAAUACAGUGUGUAAGCAGAAAUUUAAGCUAAAUCAAACAAAUACGCAACUUUAAGCAAAAUGCCGAUAAGUAAUCGCGCCAAAGUAGCUGCUUGACUCGCGCGGCCGGUUAACGAACUCUUAGCGGACGAACGCAUCAUCAUCGCUUGGCAAAAAUUACGCUAAAACAAAAAAAAAUCAAACAAAAAACGAUUAAAGAGAUUUAACGGGAAAGUUUCAAAAAUUCCGUGAAAAAAUCGAAAAGAAAAAUGUUAUCAAUGAAUUUGCGAGCAGAUGAGCCAACUUGCUGACUACUCCUUAUUGAGGCAAACAAAUUGUGUAGCAAAACAAAUAAAACUUAAGUGUGUUUUCAUGUGUAACAUUUUCAAAUAAAAUGUGCAAGUAGAGCAUGUAUAAAUUUUAAUUAAAUUGAAUUUGUUGUGAAAAUAUUAAAUCAUAUACAUAUACCAGACUACAAACAUUUUAGAAUGCAGCAGCAUCAUUGGAUUUAUAGUUCACUACACUCAAUUUAUAAGACAGUAAUUGCUGCGCAAUGAAGACCUCCACAGUCACACUUCACACCGAGACAGUGAGACAGUGAGAGCUGAUGUCAUGUAACGCACUUUUACUGCUUUAGAAUGAAAUGGGUGUACAACAAAUAUUUGGUCAUGGACCAAGAAGAACAUUACCGGCAACUACAGCAACAAAUGCGAAUAUCACCCAACCAUACAGUUGUCGACUUGCAAAUGCGCCAUGGACGCAACUCUGGAAAGCAGACAUCUGGUGCCAGCCGCAAACAAAUCUCAACGACAAUGUCAACGGCAGCAACGUGGACGAUGGCAACGCUCAAACAACACCGAAUGCGUAUACAACAAAUACAACAGAUGCGACCGCAAAUGAAGCUAACAACACCGACGCAACAACAACAGCGGCAUCUGCGCUCAAUCAGUCCUACCGCUGUAUGCUCGAGCAAUUCGAUGCGGCAGUGCAGAGAGCACGCUACAAAUGUCAACCAAUUCCGAAGUACACGACGGCAGGGGCUAAUGGGGUGGCGGAGAAUGACCUUGGUGAAGGAUUUGCGGCGACAAUGUCCGACAGUGUCCGCGCGGACGCAGUCAAUUGCGCAAUAAAUACCGAAGUAGUAGUGCAACAGCUGCGGCAACCAGUGGUCAAUUUCAAUUUGGCACUAGCGCAGCACCAACCAUUACAGGGUGAUCAGCAUAUUAGUCAUUUAGUCAAUAGUAGUAAUAUUAGUGACACAGCAAAUGCACAAUGUAAAGUAGUACAAAGACAGUUACUAUACUGUGAUGAGUCGACGGCACCGAAUGACUUUUUCGAUAACGAUAUACGAUUAACGGACGCAGAUGUUGCCACGGCAGCCACGGCGGCCACAACAAAAAAUGUAAAUGGCGGCGGUAAUGCGUCCAUAGUAGAUGAUUUCAUUUGUUACCUGCGCAUACAAUACGAGGACCUAACCGCCUCACUCUCACCACCACCCGCCCAACAAGCAACGCCGACCACCGCGGCAUUAGACGGUUUGUUGCAACAUAAUUUGACUGAUAGCUUAAGCGCCAGCGCUGGAAUCAGUGGUAAUCCACUGAAUAACGCUUGGCAGCAUUUUAUUAACAGCAACCGUAGUAGAUGGAAUGCCAGUGAUUUAUUGCCACAACUCGGCGCUCAGUUGGUCAAUUCAACAGCAAUGCAAGCGAACUACAGUUGGUUGGCGGGCGCUUAUGAUGAUGCGUUCUGGUCGUGGAAUGCCUUUGAUGAGCUCAACGCUGACAAUGCGUCCGCGCCGGUUAGUGAUAUCAGCAGCAGCAUCGGUGACAGCACAACCAGCGACAGUGGCAGCACAUCACUAUCGUCGCUGUGGGGUCCACGUAAACUCAGCAAUGACUAUUCAUUGGGUAAUAAGCUAACGCACCAUCAUGAUUAUGAGUGGAUAUUUCUUUGUGUCAUAUUCUUCAUAUUCGCCGGUGGUCUUGGCAAUAUGCUAGUCUGUUUGGCGGUGGCACGCGAUAAGAAAUUACAAAAUGUCACCAACUAUUUUCUUUUCUCGCUGGCAAUAGCCGAUUUGUUGGUCAGCUUGUUUGUGAUGCCGUUGGGUGCGAUACCGGCAUUUUUGGGUUACUGGCCACUGGGCUUCGUUUGGUGUAAUAUUUAUGUGACAUGCGAUGUGCUGGCCUGCUCCUCGAGUAUUCUGCAUAUGUGUUUCAUCAGUCUGGGACGAUAUUUGGGCAUACGAAAUCCGUUGGGAACGCGGCAUCGUUCGACUAAGCGUUUGGCUGGCAUAAAGAUCGCCAUUGUGUGGGUUAUGGCAAUGAUAGUAUCCAGCUCGAUAACAGUUUUGGGCCUCGUCAACAAGCAUAAUAUCAUGCCGGCUCCUAAUAUUUGCGUCAUAAAUAAUCGCGCUUUCUUCGUAUUCGGCUCGCUUGUGGCGUUCUACAUUCCUAUGCUAAUAAUGCUAACAUCAUAUGCUCUGACUAUACCGCUGCUCCGGAAGAAAGCUCGCUUUGCAGUUGAGCAUCCAGAAAGUGAACUCUUUCGACGAUUGGGUGGCCGUUUCACUAUACGACCACAGCAUAACCAACAGCAACUGCAACUGCCCAACAGCAGCAGCUUUCGUCGUAGCAACAACAGUCAUACCAGCUACAGCAAAUAUUGUGGCGGCGAUAGCAAUCGCAAUUUCAGCACCAGCAAUGAGGGAGACAUUACAGCCACCGGCAAUGUUGAUUUUGACAAGCCACAAACACAUGGUUUGAGACACGCCAACAAUGCGAACUAUUCAACGGUUGGUGUUGGUGUUGGCGCUGGAAAUAACUUUGGCGGCAGUACGCUCUUCAAGUGCCGCACAAGCUUGGGACGCAGCACCAUACGUCACACGUCAACGACUUCGGUGCGCAAUAAGUCGCCAACACGCGAUAUUAGUGGCAUGGAUCGGCUGACACAAUCACAAUCGGCACAGCAGAGCAGCUACUGGCGUGCGCACGGCAAUCCGAACAUCAUGGACAGUCAUCCCAAUCGACGUGUACCGGUACGUGUGAGCGCCUCUCAACCUCAAUUAGGUUAUUCUAGCAACUCUGGCGCGUCGGGAAGUGCGCUGAUCAACAUAGGUGGCGGAAACGAGAGUAGUCUGCGAAAGGAUGUCAUUAGCAGCAUCAGCGGCAUCACGGCCAACAACAAUGGCAAUAGCAGUGCAUUGCUAGCAAAGCAGCAUGGCGCCACUUGUGAGCAGAGCACACAAACACCCGAGUCAAUAAUGCGUGAGACGCGACGCCACAAGCUAAAAGCAUUUAAAUUCUCACUGAAUAAUGUUACGACGCCAGCGUUGAAUUUGCGUUUCCUGAAUAAUCGCAACAAACGCAAUAGCUUAUCCGCCAAUGCAGUGGCCACCGAACAGAAAGCGACCAAAGUGCUCGGUCUAGUCUUCUUCACCUUCGUCCUUUGCUGGUCACCGUUUUUCGUUUUGAACAUCAUUUUUGCCGUUUGCCCAACCUGUCAAGUGCCCGAACAUGUUGUGGACACAUGCCUCUGGCUUGGUUAUGUUUCAUCAACCAUUAAUCCCAUUAUCUAUACAAUUUUCAAUCGAAUAUUUCGUGCGGCUUUCAUACGGCUACUAAAGUGCAAUUGCGAGCGCUCCGGUCGACCAUCACGCUAUCGUUCCGUCACCGAAGGACGCGCCGCAUUAAGUCUGUGCGCGCCAUCCGCACUACCGUUGGCCAUUUCAUUUCAAAGUGCACCUCUGAUGACACCAUCAACCACAAAUGCGACGCCGUUAAGCGAUUUUCGUGGCAGCUACACCAUCACAGAUGACGAGUGUUAAAUUUUAGUUGCCAAUGCGAAUGGCGGUAUUGCAGACUGGUGGCUGCAAGUAGACAUGGCAACAUGGCAAUUAUUUUUCCGAUUGAAAACUACAACAUAAAUAUACGAAGUGAUGUUAUGCAAGGCACACAGCUAUGGCGAAACGACGAAACGAGCAAAAAUGUAACUAUUGUUACCUUUACAUAUAAAUAUAAGAGCGGUAUGAAUGUGUUGGACUUUGGUGAAUGUGCAUAGAUAUAAAUAUGAGGUACGAAUGAUAUCCCAUACAGAGAUAUGUAUAUAUUCAGAUGUGGUUGCCAUAUGGCUAUAAAAUACUAAACAUACAUACACCUAUAGUAUAUACUUUACAGACAAAGUACAUUCGCAGAAGUUUAUUAUAAGUUUCCACCUGCAGUACCAGCGACCAGCAGUAGACAAUUGAAAAAGUUAGUCAAUUCGAGCGGAAAUAUUAAGCAAAGGUUAUGGCAAACUUCAGCAAUAAAUAUGUUCGUGUUUCGAAAACAUUUUUUUUAGCUGAUGUUUGCUCCAAAAGAAACAUAGUUUGGUUUCUAAAGCCUACAGAGGCAACGGUGGAAGAUAGUAAUGGUGAAACCCCACAAUUUUUUUACAUAUAAAAAGUAACAAAAAACUUUUGUAAUUUACCUACAGACAGUACAAUUUUAUAUUAUUUUUAGACAUAGAAGCAGGUGUUUUGUGUUAGCAAAAAUACCAAGCUCAAUAUUGCAUAAUAUGUUACAACAAAUAUGCAUUCGCGCUUUGGUCUUUCAGACAUACUAACAGACUACUCUAUUAGCAAUUAUUCGUUUAAACUGUUAUUCUCAUUAGAGAAAUCUAAACAAACAACAGCUGCUUGUGAGACCUAAACAAAUUUAGUUAACGUGUUUUUUUGUUAUAACAUGCGUAAGCAAUUAAAUACUAAUGGCGCAAUUAAAAAUGGAAUGUUUAUAAAAAAGUGAACUGAUUUUUUUAUUUUAUAUGAUCCCCAAACUAAUAAUUAAUUGCGCAUUUAAUUACAUUAAAAAAAUAUGCGGCAAAAAAUGCAAUUAUACCGCAUUCAGUUAGACGAAAGCUAACGCUUGUGCAAUUAUAUCAAAAAUUUACAAUUUUUUAUUGUCAAUAGUAGCAGGCACAACUGUUACUAUUCUUCCAAAAUGCUAUAAAUACUAUAAAAAAUGCCACACAUUUGAUUUAAUUAGCAGCGAAAAACUUAAUAGCUGUACUCGCACUAACUAAUUGACGUUGAAUGAAUUAUGUUUUUACUGUAAUUGAAAUGGGAAAACAAUCCAAAUAACAACGUGUGCACGUUGGCACUUCGAAAGGCGCAUACAUUGCAUAAUAAAGGUGUGCAUGAUUUGUAAUCGAAACAAUUAACAAGCGAGCGCGUUAACAGCUGGAAAUCUACUUGUAACUCUGGCAGAAUACUAAUUGCGUAAAAGCAGUGUAUAAAUCAUUAGCGGGCAGCGAAUAUAUAGAAUAACAUUUAAGGGAAUGGUUGUGCGAACAUAACACUUAUUUAUCGCGUGAGUGAUACUGAAAUUUGCUGCGUGAUUUUAAUAGAACUCAAACAGCAGAAGAGACCUUAUAAUAACAUAAAAACAGUCUUGUACUUGACAACAUUGUUUGUGAAGCAUAAGCUCUUUCCUUAUGGAUAAUUAUAUGAUUAUUUGAUGCUGCUAAUAUAAUACUAGGUCUGGGGUCAAAUUGUUUCGACCAACUUGGAUCAUAGCGAAGGUUGUUAACUGGGUUAUUUGUGAUACGGAAAGUAGUGAUGUUAAGUAAAACUUCAAUAGAAACUUAAAACGGUAUCUGAAACACAAGGGGUCUCAUGAAGAAACUGAAUUUAGCAAGCGCAUUGAAAGUUGAUUGAAAACCCAGUACUGUUAGUAAAAAAAAUUCCUGUCUCUAAGCCUUAGUAAUCAUCAUAAUCAUUUUGUAAUCAUUCCUCAGAAGAUCGGAUAAGAAGCUUAGAUAGGAAUUCAUUCAUAUACAGAAAACAGCAAACUGCUUGACAGAUAUACCUAAAAACCAAACUCACUUUGCGAAUUAUAUUAUUCACAUAAAUUUCACUGAUUUCAAUACAGCAACUGAAACUCAGCUGAGUUCAUCCCGUACUCAUACCAGUAUAAUUAAUUAUAUAUAUUAUAGUAUAAUUAAAAAUCCCAUAACGCAAACAUAAUGCAGACGAAGUCAUUAAAACAUUUACCUUUCACUGCAACUCACUGUUAAUUACAAAAACAACUUGACAAAAAAUUGAAACUUCAACUUGUACGCCACCGCUGCCACAAAUACAUGCGUGGACAAACUCAUUAGUAGUAAAUAUGAUGGCAGUCAAAAGUUUAAUAACUGCGCAGAGAUAAAGUUAAUGUCAGAGAAGGAAAACGGAGUCAAUAAAUCAAACAAAAAGGCGGAAAAUGCAAAAGCAAAACUUUUAUUAAAAAUGUUCCAAUAGUGGCUGAGAGUUUAAUUAAUUUGUGGUUCCUAUAGCUACAUAACUAAUGAGCAUCGCAAGUAUUGCGCGGUGAAGUUAUUGAGGAAGCCAAUGAAAUUCAAAGGAAAUAAUAAACCUAAUUGUUAACAGCCACAGCAAAUCUUUAGAUUGUAGGUUAUUUGGUAUUCUUGAAUUUCCUAAGCAAAAUGUUAUUGUUGUAUGUUUGUAUGUCUUUAUGUGUAUAUUUUUAUGUGUGUUUAUAGGCGGUUAAAUGAGCUAUUAAGCAGAAACGUAAACGAACAGUUUCUGCUAAACUUACCCUAUCUUCUACUUCAGCUAAUUACAUGGAAAAGAAUUUUAGUGCAAAAUCAAAAACUAGAAACAAAAACUGUCACUCAAUUCAAACAAAAAAGUGUAUCAAGUAAAUAAGCUUCAUAGUUUUCUUACGAAAUAGCUGAAAAUAAUAAAUAAUUAUUGUACAAUUUAUGGAAAUUUUUACUACACACCCACACGCACACUCAUGUGUACCUGUAUGUAUGUAUGUGAAAUCACAAUUUAAUAUGAGUAAAUGUACCAAUCGACUUGCUAUAAAUAAUAUACAUAUAUAUGUAGAAUAUCUGUACAAAAUUUCAAAACGAUCGAUGCAGUAGUUUUUUCUAUAGGCUGGUCACCGACUUUAAAAAUGACAUAUUUGGGGAAAUCGAUUCAAAGUUUUGUACACUCAGCGCAGGUGGCUGGAAGGCGCGCAAACCUAAGUUAGAGGUACCGUUAUUCAACCUGCUGUUUUUCUCCGAAUGACCUAACACUUUAACAAAAUAUUCUUGAAAUGUUGAUGGUUCACAAAAAAAAACAAAAAAAAAAGUUGUCAAACCUUAGCCCCCCCGUUUCACCCAGUACAGUUAGUAAAAAUCCCUGGAUCUAAACCUUAGUAAUCAUCAUAUUCAUGUUGUAAUCAUUCCUCAGAAGAUCGGAGAAGAAGCUUAGAGAAGAAUUCAUUUGUACACAGAAUAGCGGCAAAUUGCCUGGAAGAUAUGUCUAAAACCCAAACCAACUUUGUAAAUUAUGUUAAUCACAUAAAUUUCACAGAUUUCAAUACAGCAAGAUUUUCAGCCGAAUUCAUCCCGUACUCAUACCAGUAUAAUUAAUUACUCGUUUGAUUUCACAACCGUCGCUAAUUAAAAAUCUCACAACUAAUAUGCAGACGGAAACAUAAUGCAGGCGAAGCCAUUAAAACAUUUACCUUUUACUGCAACUAACUGUUAAUUACAAAAACAACUUGACAAAAGAUGAAACUUCAACUUACACGCCGCCGCUGCCACAACUACGUGGACAAACUCAUUAGUAGUACGUAUAACGGCAGUUAAAAGUUAAAUAUCUGCGCGGAGAUAAAGUAAACGGCAGAGUAGAAAAACGGCAUCAAUAAAUCAAACAAAAAGGCGGAAAAUGCAAAAGCAAAACUUUUAGCAAAAUUGUUCGAAUAGUGGCUGAGAGUUUAAUUAAUUUGUGAUUCCUGUAGCUACAUAACUAAUGAGCAGCGCAAGCACAGCGGAGUAAAUUUAUUGAGGAAGCCAAUGAAAUUCAAAGGAAAUAACAAACAUAAUUGUUAUCAGCCGCAACAAAACUUUAGGUUGCUAAGUUAUAGGAUUUUCAUGAAUUUAACUUAAACAAAAUGUUAAUUAUAUGUCUGUAUGUCUGCAUGUGUAUAUGUUUAUGUGUAUUUUUAUGCGUCUAAGUGGGCUGUUAAGGGGCUAUACCAGAGUGACAUUAAAAAAUCCAUUUUUUUCUUCUAUAUUUUGCUUAUGCGAUUGUUAAUACUUUCAAAAAAUAUCCUGUGAAAGCGGUAAGGCCGUAUCUUGAAUAGUUUCUGAAUGGCAGCGUUCUAAAGAGCGCAGGUAUAAGCUGACAUAGUCGAAACUUUAAACGCGUUUUUCUCAAAACGACAUUUCUCAAAACUGCUGACAUCAUAACUCAAGGAGAAAUUUACCGAUCGCCUUCAAAUUUAAAUUGAAUGUUCUUGAAUAUAUUUACUAUACCUACUUUAUGUCCUAAAAUUGUCAAUUUGGCAUUAAAUAACAGCCAAUUUGUUUACCUAAAAAACGAUUUUUUUUUCAGAACUACGCCAUUUUGUCAAUUUUUGAUAUUUUUCAAAAAUAGUUGGUCAUUGUAUAGGAAAUUGGUUUGUUUCAGCUACUCAUUCGGCCGGAAUCAUGUAGUACCUCCCACGACAGCACAUAUUUAAAAAAAAAAUCUUAAAAUAUAGCUUAUUAUAUCCAAAAACUUCGAAACAUUCAAUCGAGUACUUUCUUUAAAAAAAAAAUUCACUAAAAACGCCUAAUUUUUUAUGGCUUACACUGGUAUAGCCCUUUAAGCAGAAACAUAAAGAAACAGUUUCAGGUGAACUUUCUCUAUCUUCUACUUGAGCUAAUUACAUGGAAAAGAAUUUUAUCAAAUACACAGUACACAAAAAUUUGAAAACAAAAAACUGUCACUCAAAUCAAACAAAAAAAGUGUAUCAAGUGAGUAAGCUUCAUAGUUUUCUUACAAAAUAGCUGACUAAAUAGCUGAAAAUAAUAAAUAAUUAUUGUGCAAUUUAUGGAAAUUUUUACUACACACCCACACACACACUCAUGUGUACCUGUAUGUAUGUAUGUGAAAUCACAAUUUAAUAUGAGUAAAUGUACCUAUCGACUUGCUAUAAAUACAUAUAUAUUAAAUGUAUGUAUAUGUAGUGUUUAGUGUUAAUAAAGGCGUCCAACAAAUAUUGUUGUAGCUCUAUGCAAAUUUAGUCUAAAUAUUUAUAGGUGUUUAUAUGUAAAACAUGCAUUGAUUAAUUUGUUAAGUAAAAAUAAAAUUAAAAUUUGGGUUAAAAUGUUUUAACAGCCAGAUUUAAAAUAUCUGCUUCCCGCUUAAGUUAAUUAGGUUAUUUUAUUGUAGACGAAUUACUCUAAUGAUUAAUUAAAUAAUGAAUUAUUGCUACAAAUUGUGAAUUUCAAAACAAAAUAUAAUUUAAUAACAAAUAUCAUUUUUAAUAACAAAUAUAAUUUCUGCUGAUUUUUUCGAAAUUUCCGCAAGUCGAGUUAAGCUGUUAUAUGUGGAGACGAUUAAUAUGUGUAUUUAAAUUUUAAUUAUGUAUGGGUAUAAAAAUGUUAUUCUAAGCGCUAUUUUCAGUUCAAAAUAUUUUAAAUCGAUUUAUUAUACUUUUUUACUGUGGUUAAUAAAAAGAGUAUUAUUAUAACACUAAUUUUUAAAUAGAUAUUAGUUUUUAAUAAUAAACGAAAUAAAAUGUAUGUUUUCCUUAAUUCAAUGCAUUAAAUAUAAUAAUUAAACUAUUUUU